AUGGCUAUUGAAGAAGCUCAUCAGGCCAGGGAAACUCAACUGUCCGUUGCUCAAGCUGCUGCUAAGGAUCAGGACCAGAAGCUGAAAGGUCUGGAGGAUCAGCUGAAGGCUAAGGAGGAUGAUCUGACCCGAGCCAAGGCCGAAACUUUAAAGGUCCAAUCGGAACUUGAUGAGCAGAAGACUUCUUCCUCCAAACUCUCUGAAGAAUUAGAAAAAUCUAAAAAAGAUUUGGAGGAGAGUCAAAAGAAGCUGGAUGAUGCUGAAGCCCUGCUCCGGGUUCGUCUCUACACCCAAGAAGAGUAUGAGAUGGGUUAUACGAAUGGGUUUAGGGUGGCCCGGAGGCUGGCUCUCCAUGCUGAGCCCUCGCUGGAUUGGGCUAAGUGCGCGCUCUGGGUUCAGGAUCCCGAAGAUCUACAUGUGAAGUACCCCACUCCUGUUGAGUUCGAAAUUCUAAAGGCUGAAGCAGCCAAGGAGGAAGCCGAACGGAGGGAGCUGGAGGCUGAACAGAGAGCCGCUAAUGCCCAAAUGAGAGCUCAACCUGCCUCCUCUGCCUCUAGAACUGAGACUGCUAGGGACCAGCUUGCCUUGAUGUAUGCUAUUGCUCUUGAUUUUCUGUCUAUCUGA